AUGAAGGUGCGGCAGCUACAGGAGGCAGAAGCCAAGUAUCUGGGAUAUUUCACUCACCGCCCCCAGGUUCAGCCUGGUUCAAGCUUUCUCUACGUUUAUCCAAAGGGGAUCCGAGAUCUUCUGGUUUACACCAAGAGAAAUUACAAGAAUCCUGUUAUUUACAUCACUGAAAAUGGGGUUAUUGAUACUAAUAAUACUGCUACCUUACCUCAAGCCCUAGAGGAUCCAGUCAGGGUACUUUACUACUACCGCCAUCUUUUAUUCCUCCGUAGAGCCAUUAAAGACGGUGUGAAUGUCAAAGGUUUCUUUGCCUGGACACUUUUAGAUGACUUUGAAUGGGGCUAUGGUUUUACUUUGAGGUUUGGAAUCAACUUCGUGGACUUUAGUAAUGGCAGCUUGAAAAGAUAUCCUAAGCAAUCGGCUACUUGGUUCAAGAAUUUCCUGCAAAAGUAGAGCUAAU